CGUUGAUUCAACAUUCACUCUCCGAAUUGCAUCAGCUCAAGUAUUUUAAUUGAAUUUCCGUCGAAUUUCAUCACUAAAAACCCUCAAAAAUGGUGUUAGAUUUGGACUUGUUCCGCAAAGACAAAGGCGGAAAUCCCGACGCAAUUCGCGAAAACCAAAAAAAGCGUUUUAAGGAUGUCGCUCUCGUUGACUUGGUUAUUUCCGAGGACGACAAAUGGAGAAGUUUGCGUUUCCGUGCCGAUUUGCUGAACAAACUCAAGAAUUUGUGCAGCAAAGAAAUCGGCGACAAAAUGAAGAAAAAGGAGCCUCAAGGCGACGAAAGUGAAGCAGUUCCCGACGCUGUUGUUGCCGGCUUGGAUGCUUUGAAGAGCGAAGACCUGAAACAAUUGACUGUCAAUCAAAUCAAGAAAGUGCGUGUCUUGAUCGAUCAGGAAAUGGUCAAAAAUGAGGAAAAUUUAAAAGUUACCGAGCAAACGCGGAACAAUGCCUUGCGUGAAGUCGGCAAUCAUUUGCAUGAGAGUUGUGUCAUCAGCGAUGACGAAGACAAUAAUAAAGUAGAACGAACGUUUGGGGAUUGCGAAACACGUAAAAAGUACUCGCAUGUUGAUUUGAUCGUCAUGAUCGACGGAAUGAAUGGCGAUAAGGGCACUGUGGUUGCCGGAGGACGAGGAUAUUUCUUGACAGGCGCUGCGGUGUUCCUCGAACAAGCUUUAAUUCAGCAUGCGUUGCAUAUGUUGUACAAAAAAGACUAUACGCCGUUGUAUACGCCCUUCUUCAUGCGCAAGGAGGUGAUGCAAGAAGUUGCCCAAUUGUCGCAAUUCGACGAGGAAUUGUACAAAGUCGUCGGCAAGGGCAGCGAAAAAGCCGAAGAAGGCAGUUUGGAUGAAAAAUAUCUCAUUGCUACCUCAGAACAGCCCAUCGCUGCCUAUCAUCGUGACGAAUGGAUUCCCGAGGCAUCACUUCCCAUCAAAUAUGCCGGCUUAUCAACCUGUUUCCGGCAAGAAGUUGGCUCCCAUGGUCGCGAUACGCGAGGAAUCUUCCGCGUUCAUCAAUUCGAAAAGAUCGAACAGUUUGUCUUGACUUCGCCGCACGACAACAAAUCAUGGGAAAUGAUGGAUGAGAUGAUCAACAACGCCGAAGAGUUUUGCAAAUCCCUCGGAAUCCCAUAUCGCGUCGUAAAUAUCGUCUCAGGCGCAUUAAAUCACGCCGCCGCGAAAAAACUCGAUCUUGAAGCGUGGUUCGCGGGAUCAGGAGCCUACAGAGAACUCGUUUCGUGCAGCAACUGCUUGGAUUAUCAAGCGAGACGAUUACUUGUGCGUUACGGACAAACGAAAAAAAUGAAUGCCGCUGUCGAUUAUGUGCACAUGUUGAAUGCUACGAUGUGUGCCACAACUCGUGUCAUCUGUGCAAUUCUCGAAACGCAUCAAACUGACACAGGAAUCAAAGUCCCGGAGUGCUUGCAACAAUAUAUGCCCGAAAAAUUCAAAACGGAAAUUCCAUUUGUCAAACCGGCGCCAAUUGAUGUCGAAGCUGCUGCGAAAAAGUCGAAGAAACAAGGAAAAGAAACGAAAACUGAUGCUGCUUAAAUUAAUUUUUAACUGAAAGCAUUUCUUAAAUACGAACCAUAUUUAUUAGAUUAUCAUUAAAAUUACUCUCUUGCAUUUUUUUCAAAAUAAAUGUUCGCAGCUUAAAUUUUAUUUUUUUUUUAUACCAA